GUUCAUUUCACCGCAAAGUAUGGGGCACCCUUAGAGAUUUCAAGUGGGUGGGAAUAAAUGACAGUUCUGGCCGUUUUGGUUUGAGAUAAGAAGAAAGGAGCGAGGAGGUGACAGUUUCUCUAUUAGUCCCGCGCUCAACUACCGCUAGUCCAAAAAAAAUUACGAUUUUGAACCCAACUGGUGUGGGCAUCUGUGGUUGCAUCUUUCCUGCUUUAACAACGGCUGUGCCAACCGUACUGCAUAAAGACUUAUUUUUGUGCAUCUCCCGGUAAGAGUGAGAUAUUAAAUAGUCCUUCCUGAAGCCAUCAAGAAGAAAAAUGUCUGUGACAUUGCAUACUGAUGUAGGUGAUAUUAAAAUAGAAGUCUUCUGUGAGAGAACACCCAAGACGUGUGAGAAUUUCUUGGCUCUUUGUGCCAGUAAUUACUACAAUGGCUGUAUAUUUCAUAGAAAUAUCAAAGGUUUCAUGGUUCAAACAGGAGAUCCAACAGGUACUGGAAGAGGAGGUAGCAGUAUCUGGGGCAAGAAGUUUGAGGAUGAAUAUAGUGAAUACCUUAAGCACAAUGUUAGAGGCGUUGUAUCUAUGGCUAAUAACGGCCCCAACACCAAUGGAUCUCAGUUCUUCAUCACCUAUGGCAAGCAGCCACAUUUGGACAUGAAAUACACAGUAUUUGGAAAGUGAGUAUAUUUGGUUAUGGUUUUCUUUGGCAUUUCAAUGC